CACCGCCUUCCGGAACGCAGGGAUGUUUCCGGUUGACGCUGUGUUUCGGAAAGGAGCGCGGGAGCUGCUCAGGCGGAGGUCUGGUCGGUGGGUGCGGUCUCCGGAGUUAUUUCAGAGAGAGCUCCCGCGCCUACCUCUCGUGGAGCCUCCGCCUGUGGUGCGAGCGUGAGGGCUGGGAGAGAACGGAAGAGGAAUUCCCACGCCGUGUACCCGCUUUAAGUGCCUAUUGCGAGGUGUAGGUUCCUGGUUCAGAAACGAUGACAGAGGUUCUGGAUCUCCAUGGACAGGACUCUGAUGAGGGUAGUGAGGAGGUGGUCCUAACUCCUGCAGAACUCAUUGAAAGGCUGGAGCAGGCCUGGAUGAAUGAAAAGUUUGCCCCUGAGCUCCUGGAGAGCAAGUCUGAGAUUGUGGAAUGUGUCGUGGAGCAGCUAGAGCACAUGGAAGAAAAUCUCAGAAGAGCCAAGAAGGGCGAUCUGAAGAUAGAGAAGUUUUUCCCUCACAUCCUAGAAAAGGAGAAAACGCGCCCUGCGGGGGAGCCUUCCAGCCUGUCUCCAGAGGAGUUUGUCUUUGCCAAAGAGUAUAUGGAUCACACAGAGACCCAUUUUAAAAACGUUGCCUUAAAGCACAUGCCUCCCAACCUGCAGAAAGUGGACCUCAUGAGGGCAGUUCCCAAACCAGACCUAGAUUCAUACGUGUUUCUGAGAGUGAAAGAACGACAGGAAAACAUACUAGUAGAACCAGAAGCUGAUGAGCAGAGAGACUAUGUUAUUGACUUGGAGGAGGGCUCACAGCACUUGAUUCGAUACAAAACCAUUGCACCUCUUGUUGCUUCUGGAGCAGUUCAGUUGAUAUAAAACAAAGCAAGCCUAAGAACGUGGACUCAUAGACAAUAGUGAAACUCCACCUCCUUUUGUGUGAAGUCAUGUUACAGUUCGUCAGCAACUCGUGGACCGCAUGGACACGGAAAAGGAGUCAAGCCAGGACUCCUUUGUUGCCAUGCCCUUCUCCUAGAUCUGUUUAACCAGGACCAACAGAUGGGGCCCUGCUCUUUAUACUCAGUAAAUAAAUCAACUGUC